AUGGCAACCAUGAAGAACAAUCUCACAGAUUCAGAACACUUUUACUCUUCAUGGACCAUAACAAAGCUAAUGGCUUUCUUCUUCCUAUUAAUCUCCAUCUCCUACCUCUUCUAUUCCCUUGGAUUUGUUACCCAUUCAUAUGAUGAUUGUGACAAAAACCAUUACCUUCCAAUCACAAACUUAUCUGACAAUGCACUUCUUCCAUCCGAAGAGACACAUAAAUUAGUAAUACCCUUUGAACAAACCAACAUAACCCACAUAGUGUUUGGGAUAGGAGCCUCAGCCAAGCUAUGGAAUCAUAGAAAAGAGUACAUAAAGCUAUGGUGGAGGCCAAAUGAAACAAGGGGCAAUGUGUGGCUUGACCAAGAGGUGAAAAAUGAACCUGGGGAUGAGUAUCUUCUUCCAACAUUGAAGAUAUCUAGUGACACUUCAAAGUUCAAGUACAAACACCCACAUGGGAAUAGGUCUGGGAUAAGAAUAUCUCGGAUAGUGUCAGAGACAGUGAGGCUUGGGAUGGAGAAUGUGAGGUGGUUUGUGAUGGGGGAUGAUGACACUGUGUUUGUGACUGAGAAUUUGGUUAAAGUGUUGCAAAAAUAUGAUCACAACCAAUUCUAUUACAUUGGAGGUUCUUCAGAGAGCCACUUUCAGAAUAUACAUUUUUCUUAUAAUAUGGCUUAUGGGGGUGGUGGUUUUGCUAUCAGUUAUCCAUUGGCUGUGGCAUUGGAGAGAAUGCAAGAUAGGUGCAUUCAGAGGUAUCCAACAUUGUAUGGCUCAGAUGAUAGGAUUCAAGCUUGUAUGGCAGAGCUUGGUGUUCCACUCACUAAGGAAAAAGGCUUUCAUCAGUUUGACGUGUAUGGCAAUGUGUUUGGGCUCCUUGCAGCUCAUCCCGUGACACCAUUAGUGUCCCUGCAUCACUUGGACAUACUUGAGCCCAUAUUUCCAAACAUGACACAAAUCCAGGCCCUGCAGCGGCUCAAAGGCCCAAUGAAACUGGACUCGUAUGGGCUUAUGCAACAAUCCAUCUGCUAUGAAAAAAAUCGGGCAUGGACCAUAUCCGUUUCUUGGGGCUAUGUGGUUCAAAUAUUCCGAGGCAUCUUCUUGCCUCGGGAUAUAGAGAUGCCGGCGAGAACUUUCUUCAAUUGGUAUCGCCGGGCCGAUUAUACUGGAUUUCCAUUCAACACGCGCCCUUUCAGCAGAAAUGUUUGUCAGAAACCAUUUGUUUUUUACUUGUCUAAUGCGAUCUAUAAUGAGGUUGCUGAUGAGAUUGUGAGUCAGUAUGUCCGGGUCAACCCGAAUCCUAAUUGCAAGUGGAAAAUGGCAGAUCCGGCCCAAAUCCAAAUGGUAGAGGUCCGUAAGAAGCCCAUCCCGCAUAUGUGGGAUAAGUCUCCAAGAAGAAAUUGUUGCAGGGUUCAAGCAACAAAGGGGGAAGGAACACUGGUGAUUGAGGUAGGGGAAUGCAGAGAAGAUGAAGUUGUUGAGUAG